UCGGCCUGGGCUCGUUCACCGGUAGACACUUCCGCUUCCGGUGAGCAGGCUGCUGUUGUGAGUCCCGGUGUCUUCCGGCGCCCGUAGGCCUCUGGUCCCUGCAGUGCGCCCCCUGUCUGCCGUCCCCGGAGGCCCCGGCCGGACCCCGCCAUGAUGUCCCUCCUGUCUCGGCUGCUGGACUGGUUCCGCUCUCUUUUCUGGAAGGAGGAGAUGGAGCUGACGCUGGUCGGGCUGCAGCACUCGGGGAAGACCACCUUUGUCAAUGUCAUAGCGUCGGGGCAGUUCAGCGAGGACAUGAUACCGACCGUCGGGUUCAACAUGAGGAAAGUGACAAAAGGAAACGUCACCAUCAAGAUCUGGGAUAUCGGGGGGCAGCCUCGGUUUCGCAGCAUGUGGGAGCGCUACUGUCGGGGCGUCAACGCCAUAGUUUACAUGGUGGACGCGGCCGACAGCGAGAAGAUAGAAGCGUCUCGUAAUGAACUGCACAACCUGCUGGAUAAACCGCAGUUACAGGGUAUACCGGUUCUGAUUCUUGGGAAUAAAAGAGACCUCCCGAGCGCGCUGGACGAGCGGCAGCUGAUCGACAAAAUGCACCUGGCGAUGAUUCAGGACAGGGAAAUCUGCUGCUAUUCUAUCUCCUGUAAAGAGAAGGAUAACAUAGAUAUCACCCUGCAGUGGCUGAUCCAGCACUCUAAGACACGCCGUAGCUAAGAGUCGUGGAAGCUGCUGCUCUAUAUUAUGGAAUGUGCCCUUCCUGCCCUGCCCCACGGACGUGCCCUCUAUCUCCCUGCCCUGUGGACAUAUGCUCCUCACACUUCGGAGGGCACGCCACCGGGGCCCAUCUGCUUGAGGAUGUGCUGCUGCUGUCCACCCGGGGUCAUGUCCUCGUUUCCUGCUCUGCCUCCCAAGUUCGCUCUCGACCCGUCCAGCUGAAUAUAUUCCUUCUGUUCUCUUUGCGGUGAUCGGUGGCCCGUCCCAUAUCCAGUCCGUCCUUCCUGUUUGAGCCCUGGUUGACCCUACAGGUCUUUAGGCUUCAUGAUUUCUAUCUCCAUCCAUCUGGUCGCCCCACCGGGGUUUGCCUUGCCCCCCACAUACUUAUGUGCCUUCAUGUCUGCCCUUUGCACCGUGCUGCUUCUUUAGAGAUGUCUCGCUGCUGCUUGCCCCAAACCUUGGUCGACUACUUCCUAGGAGCCGUCCCUGGGCAUGCCGAUAUGUCGACUUGAUAUAAAGAUGCCAAAGCAGAACGGGGGGGCAGGGUGGACCCCUGGAAUGGAGUGUCACAUGUUCUUACAAUAAUCAAGUCGUCCAUGACGUGAAAGGUUUUGUGGGGCACGAGGAUCAGUGGAGAUAAUGGAAGCACCACGGUCAGUUACUUGGUUGCGCCCUCCCCCCGCCUUCAGACUGCACUCAGAGCAUUGCAUACCCGUCAGUCGGCAGAACAAUCAAGAUCCGGAGAUGGAGGCUUUCAACUGUGGAAAAUUCUUCUGUCUGUCCUUCCACUUGGUACUCAAGAGGGUCUGCAUCUCCUCGGCAGGAGUCUUGUCCAGCUCCGUCUUCCAUUCCCUGAGUCCCCAUCCCCCACCCCGUGCAAGCCCCCUGGUAUGCUUCCCUUCACCUGGCAUUACCUGCUGCCUCCAUCGCUUUAGCUCGCUCUGCACUAUUGCUGCUAUUCACAUUUUCUUUUGUGCCUGAGCGUAAUAGAUCUCCACAGAACCGGGACGACUUCACUUUGAGUGCUACUAGAGACAGGUUUAAAUCAGGAGACUGCAUGGGUGCUGAUUAAAGGUAUAGGUGCAUUUCGAAUAACGUCACUUUCAGUAAGUUUGCAAUUACGUAAUUUCUGCUCGAGCCCCACUCAGAGUGGCAUUCAGGCAUCUUCUGUUUGCUGUGACCUCGCUGCCUCCUGCUUCAGCGCGGACAGCGAGAUGUUUACACCAGGGGUCGGCCGCCCCAGGCACUCCAGCAGGUGUGGCACUACAACUCCCAGGCUGAACACUUGCUCGACUGUUGUCAGAAGUGAAUGGACCAUGCUGAGAUUUGUAGUCUCACAACAGCUCGAGAUCCAGAGGUUGGUGGCCCCUGACCUGCAUCUUUUACAUUGCAGUGUACAAUCUUGGCCAAAAGUUUUGAGACUGACACGAAUUUAGGUUUUCGGAUUCAGUUUUUCUGGUGGCAAUCUACAUUAUCUCUAGAUCGUUAUGAAGAGUGAUCAGAAGAAUUGCCAUAAAUUCAUCCCUUGCCAUGAAAAUGGACUUCAUAUAAAAACACCAUUUCAUUGGAUUUCAGCCCUGCUGACAUCAUGUCGGUGAUCUUCUCUUUAGCUCAGGAGAAAGUGUUAAAAGGGGCAAGGCAGCUGAUUGAAUUAGAAGAGCAGACUGAUUGCUUUAAAAAGGCGGUGCUUGAAAUCAUUGUCUUCUUCUGUUAACCAUGGUUACCUCCCAGGAAACAUGUGCCGUCAUCAUUGCUUUGCAUCAAAAGGACGUUGCAGGCAAGGACAUUGCUGCUUGUAAGACUGCAACUAAAUCAAAAUCAACCAUUUAUCGGAUCAUAAAGAACUACAAGAAGACUCCAGGGCACCCAAGAAAGUCGAGCAAGUGCCGGGACCAUCUCCUAAACAGGAUUCAGCUAUGGGAUUGGGUCACCACACUGA